GACGUCACACCAGGGCGACACUCAUCUUUGUCAGGGAACAAAAUGGCGUCUUAUUGUUUGACUGUCAGUAGGCUGCGGCUCGCCCUCGGAACCGGGGCGAGGCGAUUUCAUGUCUCUGCAGCCUUCUGUGCCAAAGCCAAGGUGGCCAUGAGCCGCUUUGAACCUGGCUCCAGCAUUAACUAUGAGAAAAUGCACGAGAAUAUCAACACUGUACGCAGGAGGCUCAACAGGCCUCUCACUCUGUCGGAGAAGAUCGUUUAUGGUCACUUGGAUGAUCCAGAAGGGCAGGAGAUUGACCGCGGCCGCACUUAUCUGCGCCUGCGUCCAGACCGCGUGGCUAUGCAGGAUGCUACAGCUCAGAUGGCAAUGCUUCAGUUCAUCAGCAGCGGUCUGCCCAAGGUGGCCGUACCCUCCACUAUCCACUGUGAUCACCUGAUUGAGGCCCAGAUCGGAGGGGCUCAGGACCUGCAGAGGGCUAAAGAGGUGAACCAGGAGGUGUACAACUUCCUUGCAACUGCUGCAGCCAAAUAUGGAGUCGGCUUCUGGAAACCAGGCUCAGGGAUCAUCCAUCAGAUCAUCCUGGAGAACUAUGCCUAUCCUGGAGUGAUGCUGAUUGGUACAGACUCCCACACUCCCAAUGGCGGUGGCCUGGGUUCCAUCUGUAUUGGAGUGGGUGGAGCUGAUGCUGUGGAUGUCAUGGCUGGAAUCCCUUGGGAGCUCAAGUGUCCCAAAGUGAUUGGAGUGAGGCUCACGGGCACCCUCUCUGGCUGGACCUCUCCGAAGGACGUCAUCCUGAAGGUGGCGGGCAUCCUGACUGUGAAGGGUGGCACGGGAGCCAUCGUGGAGUAUCAUGGGCCUGGAGUUGACUCCAUCUCCUGCACUGGAAUGGCCACUAUCUGUAACAUGGGUGCUGAAAUUGGAGCCACUACGUCUGUUUUCCCCUAUAACCACCGCAUGAGGACGUACCUGGAGAAAACCGGCCGUGGAGAGAUUUCCUCUGUGGCUGAUCAGUUCAAAGAUGACUUGGUCCCAGAUAAGGGCUGUGAAUACGACCAGGUCAUUGAGAUUAACCUGAGUGAGUUGAAGCCCCACAUCAACGGACCAUUCACCCCUGACCUGGCCCACCCUGUGUCUGAGAUCGGGGCCAUAGCUAAGAACAGCGGCUGGCCCCUUGAGGUUAAAGUUGGUCUGAUCGGCAGCUGCACCAACUCGAGCUACGAGGACAUGGGCAGAGCGGCAUCUCUGGCCAAGCAGGCUCUGGAUAAAGGUCUAAAGUGCAAAGCCCAGUUCACAGUCACCCCUGGUUCUGAACAGAUCCGCGCCACUAUUGAGAGGGACGGAUAUGCCAAGAUCCUUAGUGAUGUUGGCGGAAUUGUACUUGCCAAUGCUUGUGGACCCUGCAUUGGACAGUGGGACAGGAAGGAUGUAAAAAAAGGAGAGAAAAAUACUAUCGUCACAUCCUUCAACAGGAACUUCACUGCCAGGAAUGAUGCUAACCCAGCUACUCACGCUUUUGUCACCUCUCCUGAGAUUGUCACUGCCUUGGCUCUCGCUGGGACCCUCAACUUCAACCCUGAGACUGACUACCUAACUGCUCCCAGUGGAGAGAAAUUCAAGCUGGAACCCCCCACCGGUGACGAGCUCCCCUCCAGAGACUUCGACCCGGGCCAGGACACCUACCAGCAUCCCCCCACUGAGAGCAGCUCAGUCAAGGUGAACGUGAACCCCUCCAGCAACCGUCUGCAGCUGCUAGAUCCAUUUGACAAGUGGCAUGGAAAAGACCUGGAAGACAUGAGGGUCCUCAUCAAGGUGAAGGGAAAGUGCACCACUGACCACAUCAGUGCCGCCGGCCCCUGGCUGAAAUUCCGUGGUCAUCUGGACAACAUUUCCAACAAUCUGCUGAUCGGUGCUGUCAACAUUGAGAACGAUGCCGUCAACAACGUCAAGAACCAGCUGACAGGAGAGUAUGGAGGUGUGCCAGAUGUGGCCCGCCACUACAAGGCCAAUGGAGUGAACUGGGUGGUGGUUGGAGACGAGAACUAUGGAGAAGGGUCCAGCAGAGAACAUGCUGCCCUGGAGCCACGACACCUGGGAGGACGUGCCAUCAUCGUCAAGAGCUUUGCCAGAAUCCACGAGACUAACCUGAAGAAGCAGGGCCUGCUGCCUCUGACCUUUGCCGAUCCGCACGACUAUGACAAAAUUCGCCCCGAUGACAAGAUUUCAAUCACUGGCCUGAAAUCCUUAGCCCCAGGCAAUCCCCUGACAGCAGUGAUCAGGCACAGCGAUGGUAGCCAGGAGUCCAUCUCUCUAAACCACACCUUCAAUGAGACGCAGAUCGAGUGGUUCAAGGCUGGCUCCGCCCUCAACAGGAUGAAGGAGCUCCAGUAAUUGGUGGCUAGGAGGAAGGCGGGGCCUUUUGGGGCCAAUUAGGGGCCUUGGUGUGGGUUAAGAAGUAGAGAAACAUGGGCCUAGAGAGGCGCUUUGCAAAGAGGGUGAGAUGAUUUGAACGUUAGAUGGUAACCAGGCUUGAUUUGGGGACAGCUGCAGUCAUGCUCAGUUAAAGAAAGAAAGCACACACAAACACCCACACAUGCUCACAAGUCGCUGUAAAGAUGAAAAGCGCACACGCACACACAUACACAUGAGCACGUACAUGCACAGACAGGAUUACUGUGAAAGCACUCCCAGUCGACAGGCAGACUUACGCGAAUGCACUCGAACAAGCGCACAUAACUGGAGCGUACCAGUGUUUGUCUCUGUUAUACGGUAUCGUUCGUACUAGCAGCACUCCUCAGUUUAAAAUAAGAUUUGACAGCUUAUUUGUUCAUGUAGCAUUCAGUUGACUGUUUCAUACACAGAUUCUCAUCUUUCUCCAUUGAACAGGGUGGUUCUUUCCUAAUUUUUUUGACUCAUUGGUAUCACCACUGUAUUUCUCUGAAGGGAAAGUUUUACGGUUUCACCAAAAGUCAUUCCAAGUAUCUAGCAAUAUACAAACCUGAUUCAUACAGAAUACUACUUAAAAAGUUGGUGAAGCAGUAACAAGUUAACAGCCUCAAACUUAAAUAUCUUUAACUGCAAAAUUCACCCCAAGACUAAACAAUUCUUUUUCUCUGUUUUACCCCCUCUUCAGUGUUGUUCCUCUUUAAUGUUGUUCCAUCCAAACAGCUCAAUAAGCUGACUGUUGUUCAACUCACAUGAAUGUACUUUUCCCUUAUCAUCUCCAGACCUCUUACCUGAAGUACAUCUUACACGCCAAGCGGUGAUGUACUUCAGGAUUUUCUACUUUAUGAUACAACUAUUGACUUGAAAAAGUGUUUCUAAGUCAUUGUUGGUUAGAGCCACACUGUAAACAAACCAGACUCACUUAUUUACUGUAAGCACCAUCAGUGAAAUCCCAUCAGCCCCUACAACUGCAGACCACCCUGCUUUCACUUGGUGUGAGAUCUUGUGUUUUCAUGCUGCUAUUGUUGCACUUUUCAUUUUCAGUAGCCAACACCUGAAUCUCUGUGCACUCCCUGCUGCUCGUCUCAUACUUGGCUCCUCGUUCUCUGCCUUUUUGCUUGAUAUAACACCCCAUUGUGUGAAAACCUUUCUGUGUGGUUGUCUCUCUCUGACUAGGACAACAAACCAGAACACAUAUGUUAUGGUCUUAGCACUUGCCCUGCCAAAUUUUUCAUUCCAUCUGUGCUUUGUCGUGUGUGUGUGUGUGCGCGCGUGCGUGAGAAAGAGUCGCAAGAUUAUUUUUAUCAGUUUAACAUAGGUUUGUAUUUGCAUCUGUCUGUCCCUCUUUGCUCCUGCUGCCUCUCUUUUGUAUUCACCAGGCUGGCUCAUGCUGACCAAACCAAAACCUGAUGUUUGGUUGAAUAGGCUGUAAUCAGGUUUUUGUUGCUAGACAGAAAGCUGCACUGAUUUUUAUGUAAAUUCUGGUAUAAAGUAUAGAACAAAGAAAUUUUCCAUAGGAAAAAAGCAGCAAAUUGGUGUAAUAAAAACUCCUGAACAGCCACAAUCAUGCUGUGUUAGGAGAAACCUCUACAUUUGUAUAGUAGAGCUUCAGUCUUGUCAUCCAAAUGAAAUCCUCUGGAGCUUCAUAGAUCAGGUCAUCGAGCUCAGACGUUACGCUAUGUUGUUGUGGUUUCUCUGUGUUAAAGUCCAAGUUUUUCAGUUAGUCCUCACUAUCAUCUGGAGCUGCCAUUGUGUGAAAAUGGCUUGUGUAGCUGUAAUGGGAGAUGACAGGCUGUGUUUGUCUUUGACCUGAAUGUUUUUUCAGCUUGGGGUGUGGUCCUCCAUGGCAUGGGAAGGCCUGCGGUCUUCUUACACAAACUAACGCACAAUCUAGUGUCCAGAUGCCUGUACACUAGCACUUUGUAGAGUUAUAGAGGUAGUUUUUAGGUGUUCUUUGCUAUGCGUCGUUUUUCCUCUGCAAACGUUUUCCUCUUCAGCAUACAUCUCUGUUGUGAGUGACUCUAUAGGACUGACAUACAACUUUUAAUAUUCAUUAUUGAUACACAUGAUUCAGACAGUAGAAAGCUGUAGAUUCAAGAUCAUUCUUAUAUAUAAACCAGAGUCUUGCCAUGAUGUAUACCUAGUGUGUGCCACUGAAACAUUGUGGUUAUAUAUUUUUUGGGCUUAGAGAUAUUUGAGGUCAUUGUGGGAGUACUGCUGGUCCUCUGUGUUUAAUUCUCCUCAUCAUGCAGAGAGUCUAUAAAUCCGUCACUUCUUCCAUAUACUGUCACAGAUAUAAAAACCUUUUGGACUAAUACAGUUCCUGAAGUAAAUCCUUAUGUACAAAAAACUCACCAAGUUUGGACCUGUGUGUAAAUGAUGUGAUGUAUAGCUGCAAUUUAUAUAGGGAUGUGUACAUAAAUAAUAAAUCAUUAUAUACAGAUAUAGAUAUAUACAAACAAAGAGAGCGAAAAAAAAAGUAACAUGCAUUAUGCUGCAUGUCUAAAUGAGAGCCGGUAACUGUUUGUGACCUCUGGUAGCAUACUGCCGUGAUAUAGUCCCCCUCUGCAGUCUUUAUUAAACUGAGUCUCCAUUAAUCUCCUUCCAUCUAAUGGUUUCACAGACCAGUUGACAUGUGGAUUGUGGGUUAAAUGAAAGCACAGAUGUUGGAUUGUAGCUGUUAGUUGCUGCUGGGUUGUGAAAGUGAAAAGGGACUUCUUAUUUUUACCAAGGUGGAAAAGCAGCAGCUCAACUUUAAGGACCUUUUGGACAUAAAUGACUCCUUAUAGCGUUCGCUGUUCAUAAACUGAACUGCUCAACACUUUGAGAAUCAUCACAAAAAUUGCUUUAUGCCCUCAUUAAGAUAAUCUUUUUAAUGGUUAAACACUCCAGGGUAAUAGAUUUACUGCCAAAGAUGCCUAAUGAAAAUUUUAAGAAAUAGUGAUUACCCAGGGGUUGUGUUUGAAAAAUGACCCUUUCUUCAUGUGACAUUUCAAAAAUAUCAUUAUUUCCAUAAUUUCUUGAUUACAUACAGGGUGUUUUUCCUAUAGAAUUCACCAGUUUCUUCACAAAUACAGAUUAAUUUAAUAAUCAUUUUUCCUCUGUCAGCACAUUUAACAGCUGCUUGUGAAAAAGUUUGCUUAUACAGUAAUGUAAGAUGCUACUUUGAUGUUCACUGUUUCAGGCCCUAUUCGGGCCACUGGUUCAGUUUUAACAGUGCUACAGUAAAACAACAAAUCAAAUGAUGUUAUUCAUAAAGUCAUUGUGUGGAGGCAUGCCCAUUGUGUUAUUUUGUACUGAGGUGUGCUCUGUUUCAUCAGACAUCCUCUGAUUGGUUUGAUUGGUUUGAAAUCAAUUCUUUAACAUGCUGCACUUGAUACAGCAAAUAAAAAUGGAAUAGGAGCAGAUGGUAUUUCACAGUAAUGGUUCCCAUCACACUUCUGUUUCAGCAUUAAACUUGAUUUUUGUAAAAGUAGAUUAUUUGAAAUGCCUGCAGUUUUGUAGAUUGUGAGAUUUGAAAUAUCUUGAUAUUUACAAUACAAAAUGGUAAAUUAAUAAAGAUAAAAUUCUGAAGUGAAUGUUUUUGUUUUCCUUUGUUUGAUGAUAAGAUUAUGUGAUUGUCAGUAUUCUGAUGUUAGUGUACAUAUACUGGCCUCUGGCAUCUGAGGAAGAAUUGGCUUCAGUUAAAUUCAUAUAAUGAGCUCAUAUCAAGCCUGCUGACAUACAGUUAAUUCUGUUACAUUCAUUAUAUCACAUAUUUAUUCCUGUUCAUCCAUCUCUUUAUUCAAUGAUGUUCACUGGCUACUUGCACUUUCAAAACUAUAACAGCAGCAGCAAUUUGCUAUACCAAUACAAAAUAAUACACAGUAUCUACUAGCUUUGCAAUAACCAUGUACAGUAUGUCACCUGGCACUAUCAUUGUAUAUAUUUAUAGAGUUUGAGUAUGGUCAUAGUUUUUAGUUAAGAUUUUAGCGAUCUCUGUUUAUCUUUCAGCAUUUUUAUUUAUCUGGCACAUAUUUACAACAAAGUUGGUUUCAGGAUGGAUCAAUGAUCAGUGAAGAGGACUAAAAGUGACUCAUAAGAUGUUUGUUUACUGCUGAAAUGCACUGUGUAUAGAUAACUUGAAAGCACAAUGCGCAAAGAAAUGUACAUGUGUUUACUGUUUAUCUGUGUGAGCUGUGCCUUGGAAAGAUUUAGGCUAAAUAUAAAUAUGGUUGUGUCAUUUGUUUUUUCACAGCUUUUACACUCAUUUCUUAUGGGUAGACAUUCAGCGUUUUAUCAGUAGGAAAAAAAAUCUUUCCUUCAUU